ACAUCACGUCCCCUCGCUGGUAGAUCAUCAAAGUGUAUCAGUACAAGGACUCACAGUGUAUAUUCUCUAUUGAUCGUUUACAUAAAUACUAACUGGACACUCAAAGACACAGAAUUACACACGGUUUCCUGAAAGACAUCAAAGACAUCUUCGUCUUGCUGAGUCCUGUAGCACUCUUAAUAUGGCGUCUUGUGACCUCGAUAAGGAYRAYCACUACCAAAUGAACAAUGUAAACACGAAUCAUGGCGUUCAGGAAGACAGUGAUAAUGAAACAGAUCGACGACAACAGAUACUUAAAAAGAAACGAAGUAAACUAAGAAGAGUCCUUUCAAAGUACAAAAUCAAGAAACCACGUUUAGUAAGUAAGCAUGGCGGUCUUAAAGUCGUCGCUACUGAGGUCCAAUCGAAACAGAGYAUGUAYGUAUCGGACUUAUUUACGACCAUGAUCGAUGCCAAGUGGCAUUGGAUAUUGAUCAUCUUUGUUACAGCGUACAUAGGAAGUUGGCUGAUAUUUGGUUGUCUGUGGUAUCUACUAGACUAUGUUUAUGGUGCAAGUUACUGUGUCGACAAUGUGCAUUCAUUUGUUACAGCGUUUUUAUUUUCAUUGGAGUCACAGACGACGAUUGGUUAUGGUGGAAGGCAAAUCACAGCUAAAUGUCCCGAAGCUGUCAUUCUAUUGAACAUCCAGUCUUUAUUUGGGUGUUUUCUUAACGCGUUUAUUCUGGGUUUAAUAUUUGCUAAGCUUUCUCGUCCACGUAAUCGUGCAGGUACAAUCAUGUUCUCUAGUAAGGCAGUCAUUGCAGUCAGGGAUGGCAAAAUGUGUUUAAUGUUUCGUGUUGGUGACGUCCGAAAAAGUCAAAUUCUAGACUGUCAAAUACGCGUUCAGUUGUUCAGAACUCGCACAACUAAAGAAGGUCUUACUCUACCUUUUUAUCAGCAAGAUUUGAAAGUUGGAAUUGACUGGAAUGACGAACAGUCAUAUGGAAACAGUACAAUUUUUCUCAUACUACCCCUGACGGUAGUUCACGUGAUUGACGAAGAGAGUCCAUUUUUCACGAUGAGCCCCUCAGACCUGUCAGAGAGCGAUCUUGAGUUGGUAGCUAUUAUGGAAGGAACUAUUGAAGCUACUGGCCUCUUAACCCAGGCUAAAACAUCUUAUGUUGGUGAUGAAAUUAUGUGGGGUUUUGAGUUCAAAACCACAGUUGACAGAUCGAGUUGGAAAGGUGGACGAUAUCGUGUGGAUUUCUCUCAGUUUCAUAAUUUUAUUCCUGUAGACACACCACGUGUUUCCGCAAUGGAAUUCUACGAAGGCAAACUCUACCCACACUCACACAGGGCUUCAGUAGUAACYUCGCAAUCAAGCGAUGAAGUUUUUUCAGUGAAUUUAGAGAGAGAAGAAGUCGCAGUGCAGACCGAUUACAAUUCUGCUGAUGAAGUGAUCAGAAACUGGGAAAUACGCAAUCGUAAAGCAACGUCAGUCAAGGACAACGGACCSUUACAGUUCGCUGAAAACCCGGGUUACGUUAAUGUUGACGAUGAUGAUGUUUUGUUUGUGUAAUUUGUUGCUUUCGGGAUUGGAUCUCUGUCAUCACUACUUAGUGCGAUGACCUGGGGAUCUGAUCUAAACGCAGGGAUCCCAAGCGUGCAUUGACMCCGGCAAAAUUUCUGACUGACGACACUGUCAAAAACAGGCGUCUUGCGUCAUCAAGGGCACAUCAAGCUAUCUCCCCUAAAUCGAGAAUGUUGUCAAAAUAAACUUUAGACAGAACGGAAAAAGAACAUCUGAUAUUGUAACUCAACGCCGCCCGACGAUACAUAGCCGGUAAACUUUCAGCCGUGAAAUAGCCUGCGUAGUCAGGAGUUCUUAGCCGCUCCGAGGGAGUUUGGGGCACAGAAACAGAAACCAGGUUAGGAUUUUCUGGACCUGAAAAUGUGAAAGCCGUGAAAUUUUUGUAUUUUGUUUUGAUAAGUAUUAUGACAUAUAUCUUUUGAUACACAACUUAUCUAAAGCGCAGAAUUCCUUUUUAGAGAGAAGAUUUGACAAUCGAUAAUGGAGCAAUUAGGGAAAAGCAAUCAUUGAGACAAAUAACCACGAUGGGGCAGGCUUUAGUAUUUUAUGACUUUUAUUUGAUUUCACUCCAUACAUCAAGACAUCCAAAAUCCAAUACAUCGCAUAAUACAAAUCAUUUAGUUAGGUUUCUUCGGGUUUCAAAUGAACAGAAAAAAUAACAAAUUGCUUAACCUCAAAUAAAUGGACUGAGCUGUGCCAGCUUUGAUAGGCGAUUUUUGACUUUUUUAGGUAGUUACUUGGUAUUAAUACUAGCCGUGUAAAUAAUAGUCUUUUUCUAAAAGAAAUAAUAAAUUAUGAUUCACAAGGAUA